AGCCUGUUCAUCGCCAAUUGACCUGUUCUCUUCCGGGUCUGCUGUUGUGACAGUUUAAGGACACUGAACUGAGGCUCAAACAGCGAUAAACUGCCGGCGUUCAGUGUGAGGAUGAGUGAGGAACAUUAUUUGGAGCUGUGUGAGAACCCGGUGCAGUUUGAACAUGCCUCCAGCGUCAACAACGUCUUCUUCGACGAGGCUAACAAGCAGGUGUUUGCGGUGCGUUCAGGUGGAGCCACAGGUGUGGUGGUCAAAGGUCCAGAUGAUAAGAGCUCGGUUGCCUUCAGGAUGGACGACAAAGGAGAAGUGAAGUGCAUCAAGUUCUCCAUUGGAAACAAGAUUUUGGCAGUACAGAGAACUUCCAAAUCUGUGGAUUUCAUCAACUUUAUACCCGACUAUCCACAUACAGAGUUCACACAGGAAUGCAAGAUGAAGAACGCAAAUGUUUUGGGUUUCUGUUGGACAAACUGGAACGAGAUCGUCUUCAUCACUGACCAGGGAAUAGAAUACUACCAGGUGUUUCCUGACAAGCGUAGUCUGAAGCUGUUGAAGAGUCAGAGCAUUAAUGUGAACUGGUACCAGUACUGUCCAGAGACCGCUGUCAUCCUGCUGUCCACCACCGUGCAGGGAAACAUUCUGCAGCCCUUCGCCUUCAGGAACGGGAGCAUGUCCAAGAUGUCUAAGUUUGAGAUCGAGUUGCCAGUCGUCCCUAAACCUGCCAAACUCAGCCUGUCGGAGAGAGAUAUCGCUAUGGCAACCAUUUACGGUCAGCUGUAUGUGAUGUAUCUGAAGCAUCACUCGAGAACAGCCAACAGUCCCAGUGCAGAGGUGGUGCUGUACCACUUACCAAGGGAGGGUGCGUGUAAGAAGAGUCAUGUGUUGAAGCUGAACACCACGGGGAAGUUUGCUCUCAACAUUGUGGACAACCUGGUGGUGGUUCAUCACCAGAGCUCCCAGACGUCUCUGAUCUUUGACAUCAAGCUGAAGGAGCCAGACUGUGCCGUCACACACCAGCCUGUCUUACCUGCCCGCUCCAUACACCCCUACAGGAUACCACUGUCAGGUCCAGCAGUCGUUCCCUCUCAGCCUCCAGUGCCAUGUCAGCUCUACUCUUCCUCUUGGAGCGUCUUCCAGCCUGACAUCAUCAUCAGCGCCAGUGAAGGUUACCUGUGGUACCUGCAGGUGAAGUUGCCUCCAGCCGUCAACCUGCUGCAGGACAAAGGCAAACUGAUGGACUUCCUGUUAAGGCGAAGAGACUGCAAGAUGGUCAUCCUGUCUGUCUGCUCACAGAUUCUGGAGGGCGGAGAGAAGGGCAGUCUUCCAGUUGUGGCGACUGUCUUUGACAAACUCAACCAGGUGUAUAAAGAAUACCUGGAGGCGGAACAGACGUACACUGUGGCAAUGGAGUCUGGUCCAGGUCGAGGCAGUGCAGCCCAGAAGCGUCCGGUCAGAACUCAGGCUGUCAUCGACCAAUCGGACAUGUACACACACGUCCUGUCUUCUUUCACAGAGAAGAAGGGUGUCUCCCAUAAGUUCAUCAUUGCAGUGCUGAUGGAGUACAUCCGCUCUCUGAACCAGUUCCAGAUCACUGUCCAGCAUUACCUCUAUGAGUUGGUGAUAAAGACAUUGGUGCAGCACAACCUGUUCUACAUGCUGCAUCAGUUCCUGCAGUACCACGUCCUCAGUGACUCCAAACCACUGGCCUGUUUACUUCUGUCACUGGAGAGCACAUACCCUCCUGCACACCAGCUGUCACUGGACAUGUUGAAGCGUCUUUCCACGGCCAAUGACGAGAUAGUUGAGGUGUUGUUGUCCAAGCAGCAGGUUCUGGGCGCGCUCAGAUUCAUCCGGAGUGUUGGUGGACAUGACAAUGUAUCGGCCAGGAAGUUUCUGGACGCGGCACGGCAGACUGGAGACCAGAUGUUAUUCUAUACGGUGUUCAGGUCCUUUCAGCAGAGGAACCAACGACUGAGAGGAAGUCCCGGCUUCAACCCCGGAGAGCACUGUGAGGAGCACGUGGUUUACUUCAAGCAGCUGUUUGGGGAGCAGGCGCUAAUGAAGCCUUCCACUGUGUGAACCACUGCGACCAAAAAACUCUGGAAACUAUCCUGGAUGCCAGCAGACGAUGGACUGAGUCUCUCUCUCUCUGUCAGUUUGGACACACAGGAAGGACAGGAGACGACCUGACGGGGUCACAAACCAACAUGACGGACAAAUCAUCAUGGACUUGUGUAUGUUCACAUGCACACUAGUAUCCUGGUUCCUGAAACAUGAGUAUGCCACAUGGCAGAGGAACAGGACACAUCAUGUAAACACCAUUGCACAUGAAUUUCACAUGAUUCCUUGUAUCCAGAAAGAUUAAAUCUAAAGUCUUCUAUAAGUCUAAAUAGUUGAUUUUGAGCUCUCUCACUAAAGAAAGUCACUAAGUGAAACAUCAGCACAACACAAUCUGGUUAGUCCAGACAGACAGCGUUCAGACAAAUUGUUUUUACCAGGCUAAUAUCAGAAAUUCAAUUGAUAAAAAUCAUUAUAUGUACAUUAGAAAUGUAUAGACAGUAGGAGGUUUGGGUUAUUUGACCAACUGCCUUUGGAAUUUAUACUUGACUAAGAAAAAUAAACUGACUCAAAAGCAAUAAAAAACAUAGGGGGACCAUGUUGUUUGGUUUUAAGUAUUGAGGCCAAAGUUGAGAGAUAAAAUAAAGGACAAGGAAAAUUAUGUCACGAUAUUUUGAGAAAACAGUCAUAUUACAAGAAAA